GAGAUCGGUUCUUGUUCCCACUCCCCUGUCCAAGGAGGUCACAGCGCGCACUCGCACGGAACUCCUACCUCCUCCGACGGCAUAGCCUUCCUCCCCUUCUCCCAGGACGCCCAAACCCUAGCUUCGUCUCACCGACCUCACCCUCUCCUCUCCGCGAACCAGCCUACCUGCCCGGCGGCAUGUCCUCGUCAGGCGGCGGAGGGCAGCAGUUCCGCUACACGCAGACGCCGUCCAAGGUGCUGCACCUGCGGAACCUGCCGUGGGAGUGCGCGGAGGAGGAGCUCGUCGAGCUCUGCAAACCCUUCGGCCGCAUCGUCAACACCAAGUGCGGCGUCGGCGCCAACCGCAACCAGGCCUUCGUCGAGUUCACCGACGUUAAUCAAGCAAUCUCAAUGGUUUCAUACUUCGCAUCAUCUUCAGAACCAGCACAAAUCCGAGGCAAAACUGUUUACAUUCAGUAUUCAAAUAGGCAAGAAAUAAUCAACAACAGGAGCCCUGGAGAGACUGCUGGAAAUGUGUUGCUUGUUACCAUAGAGGGUGUUCAAGCUAGUGAUGUCACUAUAGAAGUGAUCCAUAUGGUUUUUUCGGCUUUUGGAUAUGUUCAUAAAAUAGCCACUUUUGAAAAGGCUGCUGGUUUUCAGGCAUUGAUCCAGUACACUGAUGCAGCCACUGCUUCAGCUGCGAGAGAGGCCUUAGACGGAAGGAGCAUCCCAAGUUACUUGCUUCCGGAACAUGUAACAUCCUGUUUCUUGCGAAUUUCUUUCUCUGCACACAAAGAUUUGAACAUCAAGUUUCAGUCAAACCGCAGCAGAGAUUACAACAAUCCUUAUCUUCCAAUUAAUUAUUCUGCCAUGGAUGCUAGUACAUUACAGUCUGCUGUUGGUGCUGACGGAAGGAAAGUGGAGGCUGAAGGCAACGUUCUUCUUGCAUCAAUUGAGAAUAUGCAAUAUGCUGUUACAAUUGAUGUUCUUCAUACCGUGUUCUCAUCAUUUGGUACUGUCCAGAAAAUUGCUAUUUUUGAGAAGAACGGGGGAACACAAGCUUUAAUUCAGUACCCUGAUGUAACUACAGCUGCAGUUGCAAAGGAAGCAUUGGAAGGGCAUUGUGUCUAUGAUGGUGGCUACUGUAAGCUUCACCUGUCAUACUCUCGUCAUACUGAUCUGAAUGUAAAGGCACAUAGUGACAAGAGCAGGGAUUACACAAUUCCAGCAGGUAUAAUCCAAGGGAUACCGCAACCCCCUGGUGUACCGGCAACAUCCUCUGGGUGGCACGGUAAUCCUCAAGCAGCCAGUGCAUAUGCCUCACCUGGCGUUGCUGCUCAAAGCCACAGUACCAAUGGACAAGUGCCAAAUUGGAAUCAGGGCAACUCAGGGUAUCCCCCAGCCCCAGGAGCAUAUCCAGGCCAGAUGUGCUCAUCUCCGGUGCAGUAUGCAGCAUCAGGGGGCUUCCCUGCCUCUCCCGCUGCUCCGCCGCACGGGUCCCAUGCUUCGCAGCAGAUGCCUCAACCUCACCACGUAAAUCAACAGCUCAGACCUGCAGGUGCACCUGGAAUGGGCCAACCACCACCACCACCACCGCAAUACUACCGUUAAGUUAAUUCAUCUUGCAUAACUGUUCUUGGUCUUUCUGAUUUAAGUUUGUUCUGGCAUCAAUGUAAUACUGUGAUACCGCCAUCCCAGUAAUGUUUGAUGGUGGUGAUCGGAGAUAGAUAUGAGUAACGAGUACAUGACUAUGGUUUCCCCCUUUGCUGCCAUGAGUUUGUGUCAAAAGGGGUUCUAUCUAUCGUCAAUUGGUGGCUUUGUUUCUCAGUAAUCACUGGCAGGCCCGCGAUUCUUGAGUCAUCGAGUUGGCUUAUUAGUAGAUAGAGAUGGAAGUUAAACAAAGUGUAGUGCUAGGUCCUGUUUAGAUUAGCUAGAGCUUAUAGAAAGCUGGUUUAUAGCUUACAGAUUGUUAAAAGUUGUUUAGUAAAAAGCUAGAUGUUGUUUGAAUUCUUGGAUUAUAAAUUGGCUUUUUGUUGGUUUUAUGUGUUAA